CGGCCUUUAAAAAUCAGCGAUUUUUGGACGAUUCCUUGCUUGAAUUUCACAUGCGAAAUUGCUUUCGCAAACCGAGCUUCAAUCAAAGUGAUCACUGGGAAUUUCAAACAUUAAAUACUCAGUUUUCUUAAAUUAUGACGUAUUGUUCGAACUGUUUCAAACAAAUUUCCAGUGAUGGAAAUCCCUCACCCGUCGUUGAAAAACCUCUGUUCGGCUCUGUGACUGAAGAUCACGAAAUGUCCCGCUUUUUGUAUCGUCUUACUCAAGAAAUAGUAACUUCUAGGAAUUUCUCGGACGCAAACAUCAACCGCAUCUGCAGAAAGCACUAUCGAAACUCGUCUUAUCCGGACAAAGAACGACUCGCCAAGACAAUCAACGAUCUCAAGCAUAAGCUUGAAGUACAGCACAGUGACCUGAAGUACGGAUCAUCCGAAGCACCCAGUGUUGAAGAACGUCGCUGUAGCUGUAGCAAGAACCCUAAACGGCUUAGCAAGAAUACAAUAGAAGAACUUCUGCAGGAUAAAGGUAUUAGUGUGCAAUCGUUCAACAAACUACCAGGACUCUUGGUGAACCACGCUGCGCAAUUCGGAGAAGCACAUAACGAUCAACUCAGUCGUUUGGCUGCGCAGCAGUUUUCGGAUCCUCUCCAGAAAUGUCGUGAUAAAACGAGUUCAACGGAUUCCAUCAGUACCAUCACUACGUACGAUUUCUCAUCGCCAAUCUAUUCGCCACAUUCCACAACUCCAAACGUUCAUCGUCGUAAGUCCUUAGAAGACACUGAAACUCUGAUAGGCCAGAUCCUGUCGAAUCCCGAUAACAACGGAGUAGAAAAUCUAAUGGACAAUUGUUGCGGUCGAACCAAGAAUUCGACGGACAGCUCAGCCGAUAUGGUAUUGAGGAUGGCAGCGUCCGAUAGGGUAUUUCAAGGGAAGAACGAUCCCAAGUGCCCUCUGCACCGGUGUGAAGAAUUCGGUCAAAGUUCUGUGGCUUGCGGGGCAGCGGGAGGUUGCGGCUCCGGAUGUGGCAGUGAUUUUCCUCUUCCAAAACCAGCAAAAGUGGAAGCGGAAUCACCUCAGGCAACUUGUUGCGGGAGGCGGAAAAGUCGAAAGGCGGGUAGUAAGAAAAACGACGCUGCUGGGAAGAGGAAAAAUGGAAAAAAGAGCAAAGGAGAUCAGCAAAAUCGGUGUGGAACGAAAUAAACUUUUGGAUUUAUUAUUUAGGAUUUUAACAAGUUUUCAAAUAAAUCUUUUAUUUCUU